CUCUGUCACUUCUUCAGAGGCAGUUCCAGAGCAAGCUCCCUUCCCCCCGCCCAGUUGGUGUCAGGUUCUCGCAGGCAGGUCUCUGCACUGAUCGCUGUGAGUGGCUCCUGUGCUAUGACCAAAGCGUUCCAAGCAGCUUACUUGGCACUGGGUGCCUGGUGGCCGUAACGAAGUGGAUACCUGGGUUGUCAAAGUUGAGGAGUGCCCAACCAAAAGCGCUUCACUUCUGCAGUGCAGAGCAGCAUGUGCUUUCGAGGUGGCAGCGUUCCAAUGCUUAGUGAUCUUCUAUUGUGUUUGGAAGACCAUUGUUUCCUAUUUGUCCCAUAAAUUUAACACAGAUCCUAUUCCUGCCAUUUAAACUUUCCCAUCAAAGUACAACAGUGACUUCCCCUCCUGAAAAGGAAGGGCUGGCAGCUACACCCUGACGCUGGAGCACAAAUUGUUUAUAUAACCUUCAAUCCCAAUUUCAUAAUAGCCUGAAGACCGUCUUACUGGGACAGAUAUUUUUACUGAGUUUUUAGCAAAAAACCCUGCUGCCAUCAAAUGUGGUAUUGCAGCUCCUUAACUGCUGCUGGGAAGCAGAAGGGAGGGCUGCACCUUCCUGAUGAUGUAUGUUACACAUCUAUCUGGAAAAUAUGUGGUGUUUUCUGCUAGUGUAAAACAGCUCCACCUGUAUCAUUUGGGAGUGAAAGCUGAGGCACUACCUUGGGCUCCUUUUACUUCCCUGAGAGUAUUAUUAAAUCUGAAUGAAGUGUGUUUUUUGCAGUCUCUACCUUUUCACAGCUGGUGAUUUUUCAGAAAUAAAGUUGAACAAACCUGGUACAAUUGGGCCUUAGCCUUGCACACAGUUGAGCAAGCAGCGUCCAACAGCUGUCUGCUUUUAUAUUGGUUCUACUGAAGUCUUGUCCCGUUUGAGUAUGUAAGAAGCAGGCUCUGUGGGUAGGGCUGUACACAGUGCCAGAAAACAUGUUGAAAUUCUUCUUUUUGGAGGGGAAAGGAGUUUCCACAGGAUGUCUGCAUUUGAUGGCAAAAAUGACUUGUAGAUGUGUUCUGAAAGGUUGCUUUGAUGUAAAUGAUUAACCUGGGACCUUUUGUCAGGAUAUUACCAGGUCAGAUAGCUUAGAUUAUUUGUGACUUGAGAAUUAAGCUUGUACGAGUGGGUCUGCUUAAGCUGUUUGUUAAGAAUUUGCUCGUUUAUCACAUGGUGUGUUGUGUAUCUGUAUGUACCAAACAGAGCAGGGAAGGCAAGGCCUUGAAACUACCAACAACACCAUGUUAAAAACAAGCAGAAUGCAGUUUUGUCAUAGCAACUUUUCUUUUGUUGCUGGCCUUCUGUGGAACACUAAAAUAAUGAGCCAAAGCCAAUGAGUACGCAGCACUUUGCUCAUUUCAUCCCCUUCCCAAAAUCCAGCCUGAGGAAUUAGGAGAAAAAAAAUUGAUGGGACAGCUGGGAAGACAUGAUGGUAUUUUCCUGCAUUUUGGGCCUGCCUGAUUUCUCUUUGGUUUCUAUUUGGAUUUUUCCAGAAAGAAUCCUUCCAUGUGUGUGACCACUGGCAUUGGGUGCUGGCCUACUUUGUAAGGAAAUAAGUCCAUUUUUGGAGUAUUGCUUUACCCUUCUCUGCCUUAACUGAAACAUCCAUAAUAGAAUCACAAGGUUGGAAAGGACCUAGAAGAUCAUCUAGUGCAACUGUCCUCCCACUGCCCUUGCAACCACAAGCCACUAAACCAUAUCUCAUAGCUAAAGUCUCAUUGGAGUGAGGAGAGCUGACCCCCACGGGAACUGCUGUGAUUCCCCCGAAAUUCAUUUUAUAACACAGAAGAGAAGUCUAAUUGAGCCUACUCCCGAUAGCUUCAAGAACAGCGUUUGAGAUGUCUGCAGUUGAGAAGAUCGAGGAGCAGUUUGCCUGCCUGCGCAUAGCAAAGCGCUCUGUGCUAAGUGAGGAGCCUGCUUACCUGCUGGAUAUAGACAUCUCUGGAUCUGCUCAGUCUGAAAGUCGUCGCUUUGUGGCAGUUUCAUGUUCCAAUAAAUCCAUUAGGGUCUAUAACAGAGAAACACUGAACUUCCUGCGGGAGUACAGUAGCUGUCCUGGGACACUUAACGGCAUCAGAUUUGCACAUGCGUGUGACAGCUUGGUGUUCUCUGCGUGCAGUGAUGGUACAGUAAAAUGUUGGGAUAUUCGUUUAGCAACUCAGAAAGCUGUGCAGGUAUUCAGUGGCUAUCCUUCCAACGUGUUUAUCAGUUUUGAUCUCAAUUGCAGUGAUCUCAUGAUUUGUGCUGGAACAGAAAAAGUAGAAACGGAUACGUUCCUGGUGUUUUGGGAUGCGAGAGGCAGCACGGACUGUGCCAGCACAAUGAGGGAACCUUUGGGAGUGUACUCUGAAAGUCACAAUGAUGAUGUCACUAAGAUUUGUUUUCAUCCUGUCAAACCCAGUUUGGUCGUUUCUGGGUCGACUGACGGCUUGGUGAAUGUGUUUGACAUUAACAAGGACAACGAAGAUGAUGCUUUGAUAUCAACCUGUAAUUCAGAUUCAUCAGUAAGUUUUAUUGGCUGGUCUGGGAAAGAUUAUGAACAGAUCUACUGCACGACCCACGAUGAGGGAUUUUGUUGGUGGGACCUUGCUCAGUUAGAUACUGAAGAACCAGUAAUGCUGUUGCGUGUUCUGGACGCCAGAGACUCAGUCUGCAUUGAAAAUGGCAGCUUAAAUUACCUGGUAGGAGGGAUGUACCAUGAAAAGGCUGACAGACUCUUUCUGAUCGGAGGAACGGCAACAGGAGACGUUCACCUGAUCAGCUGCAGCGCUGCUGGGCUGAGCCUGGUGGGUACCCUUCCAGGGGGGCACUCUGCCACCGUUCGCUCUUUCUGCUGGAACCUGGCAGAGGAGUCGCUGUUGACAGGAGGAGAGGAUGCCCAGCUGUUGUUGUGGAGGCCCGGAGCCGUGGAACGCUCCCUGGCAAAGAAGGUGUCCAUGAAGAUUGCUUCUUCUGUGCAGAAGAGAGUGAGAGUUCACAACAGUUCCCUCAAAAGCAGGAAAAAAUAAAAUUCUGGGAAUGGGAGCCUGCUUUGCAGAGGUUUUUCUGUUUGUUUCAUCCUUCCAGGCAGUACUUGGCUGCUGCUUUACUUGGAGGUGUUCUGUGGAAAGAACUGCAAUACAUGAAUUCUGUUUGGGAACUUACAUCAGUCAUCAGAGGAAUGCUUUUUUUUUUUUUUUUUUUUUUUUUUUUGAAGUUGCUAAUAUUAAUCUGAGAAGAGUAAAUGUUUGCUCACUGGUUCACGAAGAAUACAUCUUCAAUCAGUUUUUAUAGAAAUACUUUUUAUGGUUGUUUAGUGUCUCAGCCAACAUUUUAAUGCAUAAUAUAGGCUUGUGACUUGCAUAAUUUGUUACUUUCCCAGUGAAAUUCCAUGUCGUGUUUUAAAAGCUUUUGUAUUUCAAGCUGUGUUUUUCUUUCUUUACAGAGAACUUAAUGAAAUUGCUCAAUAUAUUAAAAGAUUUUACGUUGCUUCCUAAUGCUUGAGGGAAUUACUUCUUGAUGAAAUAGAAAAUAAGUACUUUUUGCAUUGUCAUAUUGCUGGUUUGUAACAAGCUUGUAAAGCAUUUGAUUGAAUCAUAUUUUUAUAGUGAAGAUAUGAAUGUAUUCAACCAGAUGGGAAUGCACUACUCAGCACAGCUGAUUUUUUGACUGGAUGAGAAGUGUUGGGACUGGUGUUACUUAGGGUGUGUUUGCUUUGUGAAAAUAACCAGGAAUCUUCCAGGCAGCUUCGUUCUUUGCUGGUAGGAGCAUCUCAGUGGGUGCACCUGGAAGAUGGGAGAUGGUCAGGGAGUUAAAGAAAUUAAUAGAUGUGAUGACAGCAGUUGUGCUUGGAGUCCUCCAGUCCUGCAUUUGAAAUAAGCUGCUAUCAGACGCUCGGGGGGGGAUGUUAAAAAACAAAACCAGUCUUCUGAAAAUGUGGUUACUGAAUAACAGGCCAACGUGAGAAGGCUUUAGGAAAACCUCUUAAAGUUAGCGUGUGUCUUUUAAGGAAUGGCUCUUGACAGAGAAGCCUCUUAUGUGCAGGCAUCUCUCGAUGAUUGCAUUGUUUUAGUGUUCCAUCAAACAGCAAUUAAGUGCUGCAAAAAUUGCUUUGUUCUGAAACACUUGAGUUUUUAUGCUUAUUCUGCUCCACUGGCAGACUCCAAUCUGUGCAUCUGGCUCUGCACACACAAUUACCUCCAGCCCUUGGAGUACCAUUGCAGUCAAAUAUUGGUUGGUAAUUACACUGUACUUAACAUAUGUGAACUACAACUGGAAGCAGCAAAAGUGUAUUUAAGGAUUGUGAUGUUAUAGAACAGCUGGUUCUAUAAAAAAAAUUCAGAGGUUUUCCACAUCAGCACAGAUUGGUAAUUCUUUCAAAACAAGAAUGUCAGGUUUAGAAGUUCAGCUCAGAGUUUAAAAACUGUUUCUGGACUACAGAGGGUACCUCAAGUUGUGGUUAUGGCUGUGCCAAAGAUGCCCUCAUCAUCUCUGGAAGUAAUCCCAUUCCAACAAGUACCAGAGUUCCACGUGGUGUGUUUUACUAACUGAUGUCUUUCUGCCACAGCUGUGCGUCUGCAGUAGUGCUGGGUCUGCCUGUUGGUGACUUCAUUGUGAUUCACUUGUUUCUGUCCCUGCUGGUUAUUUAAUGCUGCAGCUUCGAUUUAAAAGUCACUUUAAACUUCUUUUAAAAAUGGUGUUAAAUUUAAAUUGCACCCAAAAUCCUUAUAAACGGAAGAUCAAAAAAGGCAUCUGUUGCUUUUUAAAUGACUUUGUGCAAUUUUGAGACAGCUCAGACAGUGUUGUUGCUGGGACACAUCUGCACCUUGUGCCCUUUCAGCUCUUUUGUCCUCCCAGGUCACAGAGUCAUCGCUUGGGGCAGUGGAACUGAAUUUUGUGACUGAGUGGGGCCAAAAGGUUCAGAGCCCUCUGACCAGGUCAGGCUAUUGGGCUGAGUUCCUUUACUCUUGUUGUACCUCAGCAUGCUCAGUGGAAUGAACUCGUUGGCCAGCACUUCGUUUCUUGAAUAAAUGGUGGGUGUGCUUUAUGGAAAUGCACAGUGAGGGAGCUUUUGGUUGCCGCCUCUUUCUUUUAAAGUGUCUUUUGGGAGAGACCCUAUGCGUGUUUUGCCAAGUAAAGCAGCAGAGGUGGGAGUUCUGGUAGCAGUGUUUGAAAUGUGCAGCCUGUAUCUGUUGUUUCUGCAAUAAACUGAUCCACAACAAAUUACCAGCUCCAGCCAUGCAUUCCCCAACCUUGGUUUUUACACACACAACUUUUUCCCAGUCCCACGGCUGUUUGCAUUUUCCUCAGCUGUCAGGAGACUCAGGCUUGUGUUGCCCCUGAAAAUGCUGCAUGCUUUUUAGUUUCAUGUUGACUUAACUUCAGAUUAAUAUCCAUAAAAUAAACAUGGGUUGGAACCACAUGUUAACAACUAAUUAAUGCUGUGUGCUUUUGUAAACUGAAAUUUUCAUAGACCACAGAGAACGGAUAUAAUAUGGAACUAAAGAAAUAACAGACCUGAAGUGAGGCAGGUUGACGUGGCUGACUGUAUUCCACCUGUUAGCUUAGUUUGGAAGUCUCUGAGUUGCCCUCGGUGUUGUUAAGAAACAUAUCUGACCUGUAUGGUACUCAUAUAAUUGCAACUGCAGGUUGCAGGCAGUCACAAAUCUUCAUUGUGUUAACUGCUUCACCCCAAGGGAAGCUCUAAUUCUUAUCUAAUUCAGUAUCAGAUUUUUUUUCCAGUAAAUGGAAAUUAAACAUCCAGAUAGAUUACCUGAGCACAGAAAAGCGUCCAUCUUUAUUCAGAGAUGAGAAUAAAGCUAGAGCAUCAUAUUUCGGAGCAGCAGGAGAAUAUUAGUGAACACAUGAAAGAAAACUGAUUUACUCACAGUCAGAGCUUUCCUAAUCUUCCCCUUUGUUUCUUUUCCUUUCUCUGCAGGUUAAAUCCAGCACGUGCAUGCUGCCCUCUGUGCCUGCGGCUGCUCCCUCUGCCUACCUUCAGAGAUGGAUCCCAUUCCAAGUGGGGCAUUUCACAGAAUCACAGAAUGGCCGGGGUUGGAAGGGACCUCAAGGAUCAUGAAUCUCCAACCUAUUUCAGUUGGGUGCAGGAUUUCCCCCUGCUUUGGGGGAGCAGCAGGAGUUAUUUGACCAAUGUAAAUAAAGUUGGUAAUGGUGAGGGCAGGUGAGCAGAGGUAGGAGUGCUUUGAUAUCUGUUUCUGGAGUGGGGCGAAUCCUGUCCCUUUCCUCUCUUAGCAUGGUGUAGGCUGAGGAGCUGCUACUUACUACACUGAUGAAUGGAUGAAGAUAGGCAGGCAGACUCCCGUGCCCUUUGGUCAGGGCUGUUGAGGCUCCUUGGCUCCCUCUGGCACAAGUGUAACAGCUUGCUUUUGCUUUUGAGCUUGAUGGAAGCAGGAUAGGGCCUUCACUAAAUUAUGCAAAAUAUAAACACCCUUCAAGCAUAAAAGCCAGUUCCUGUUUGUCUGUGGGAUGAACAAUUCAGCAGUGAAGCGUGCAGGAGAGGCAGAAGCUGUCUGCUCACAAGGGUUGGGUUUUCUUUCUUAACUUGUGCCAGUGAGGAGAGCCACGGGUCGAGCCAGUACUGCGGCCUCUACCAUGCAGGCACCACUGGGUUUCCUGGGACAUGGAAAAAGGAGAAAGUGAGCGUGGUGAUACCAGUCAUCUUAUGGGAAUGCAUUAAGUUUUCAGUUCAAUAUCAAUCUUACCCUCUCAUGUUUGGAAUAAAGACUUGAUGCUGCUAAAAAUCCUAUAAGGGUGAUGUUGGAACAGCCUUUUGCCAUAGGAAGUCAGAACUGGUGGUAAGAAAUGCUAGGAGGAAUUCGAGACGGUUCUGUGUGCUAAUUUAAAUCAUUUGGGGAGGUUAAAUAUUUAAUAAAUGUUACAACAAACAAAAACCAACCAGAAUUUCAGUAGAUCACCAAAGGAUUGUUACAUUCUAAGUAGUAACAAUCUGGCAUGAUUAAUGCUGAGAAGUACACUAGACUAAAGCUGAAGCACAAAUGCAGAACCACAGUUGACUUUUCUUGGUGUUUUUAAUACAGGAAUUGUUAAUUAUCAGUGGAGUUGAACUCCUAGGAGUGCAAUGCAUGCCACUGUUUGCUGCGUCAGAUUCAAACCCACUGAACACACAUGUAACAGGUAAGAUACCUGGAAGUGUCUGCACCUUAACCAGUGUUCUCUAACAGCAAUUUGUGGGAUGGACUUGAGGAAGGAAGCCUCAGGGCUUCGCUGUAACAACGAACUUGGAGUUGACUUAGGACUGGUAAAUUGAGGGAUCAGGAGAAACAGUGGGAAGUUCUUUGCAGUGUUUUUUCCCAGAAGUUUGUGUAGCUGUAGAUUUGCAGCAAGAAGAUGUAGAGCUGCAUUUGCAACGCUAAACUUGUUUUAAGAUACUGUCGGAGGAAUCUGUCUGGAUACGAAACAACGCAGCACUCACAGGGAUCUCGGGUUGUUCUGUGUAGGCAUUUGUCAUUACAGCAACAGGAUAAUUACAUGAUUGUUGGAAUUAAUUCUUAUAGUCAGAUCAAACUUGCUGCCCUAACCUUUGCAAAGAGUAGAAAGUGUUGAGGCGAUUAAGGAACGCAGUAGGAGCACACAGGCAUCCCAUCCCCAUGCCAAGGAAUGAAUGGUGACGUUUUGUUAGAACAUCUAGGCUAAAAUAAGCUGGAAUCCAUACUUAUUUUUAUUAGUGUUAUUAUUUUAACAUUUGUGUUGUGGUCUAUUGCCAGGAUGGCCAGACAGUGAGUGGAGGAGCCCUGGGUUGUUAGGAGCCAGCUCAGUGGCACACGCAAUGAGUGUCUGUUCCUUUCUGCAUUCGCUGCCAUCCAGGACGUUUGUGUUUGUUUUCACCUCACUGUUGUUCCCUACGUUCUAAAGCAAACCUUCAUCAUGCUUCAGUUAUGAAUUUGUGCCCAUUUAUUUUCUAAACUGUUGGAAUGUCCCAUGACUGCAUUCAGAUGAGAUACAGUGUAAGUACUUGUGGUUUCUUGCAGGUGUGUGCAAUAUACCAAGCUCACUUGCUGAUCACUGGAUUUAUUUACAUGGCAGUCAGCAUGAGGACAGUUGACUACUGCUGCAAUAAGAAGGCAGUUUUGACUGUUCUGUCAAUGCUCUUCAAAUAUAUGGGGAAAAAAAAAAAAAACCCAAACUCAAAAAACCCAAACAAAAGAUUUGAUUAUAGCUCAUAAUUUCUGUUGGUCUGUGUGUUUUUUAUUAACAGCCUUCUUGAUAAAACGGUUCAGAAAAGCUCUGUAGUAUUUUGUAAAGGAAAAAUCAAAUGUUUUUCAGAUGGCUCUAUGAAGAAUUUUGGUAGAUUCAGACAUAAGUAAAGGUCUUUCAUGAGCUCUAGGCAUGUUUUUGCACCUAAUGCUCUGGUGAGCUAACAGAGGAAAUGAACUUUCCUUUUGUUUGCAAAAUAACCCCCCCCCUCCCCCGAGUUCUUAACGCCUUUUCCAUGCUGCUUGGAUAGCUGAGCCACCACACAGGUGUUUCUUGUCCUCUGUGUGUUCCUGAGACCUCCACAAAACCUCAGAGAAGAAAGAUGACAGUGUUACCUAACGUGGGUGCAAACCAGAAUGUUCAGUUGGUCUGCCCAAAGUACAGGGGAAUAAAGUACGUUCAUGUAGGUGACCUACAGCAGAAAACAGGGAGAAUCGUUAUUGAUGUUUGGUUUCUAACUCAUGGCACAAGAGCUGCUCAGCACCAAAGGAACAGGAAGCACAGAGUUUUAAAACUCCAUUUUUAAUCACCAGGCUGCUGCAGGGACACUGCUGAGUGCUCUAAAAGCAGGGGUGUGCUUUUUUGUUUCGCUGACAUUUCGGGCCACAUGUUCUUCAUGCAGUGUCUGUGUGCCUGAGGAACGUGCCGAGGCUCCACGUGUGUGUGCACACAUGGGAAGGAUGCUGUGAGCACUCGGUGUAAUGGAACAGGUGUGGGAGCUUGGGAUUUGCUUAUGCAGGCGGUCAAUCAGCUAUCAGAAAUGUUUUAAUGUGGUUGAUAUUAAAGCAACUAUGAAAGUGGAAUAUUCUAAAUAUACACUUGGAAUAAUAAACCAUUGGUAAUCUUCUGGAAGGAAAUGGUGUUCUGACAUUCAUAGCUUAUUUUUUCCCAGAUUUUAGACAGGAUUUGAGGUUUUUUCCAUUAUCUCCAGUAUGACUAAAAAUAAACCCCCUCACUUUUAAAGGUAUGUUACAUAGUUGUUCUCAAGGAGCGAAAUUAAAACUUCAGGCCCUUAGAACCCGAGUGCAGUUUAGGUGUGUGAAAAAUGCAGCAUUUAGUAUAUACAAUAUGCCUUCUCUUUUUGUCAAGAUGGUUUCGUUAUUGUGCAUUUCAUGAGCAGGGGGUUCUUGAGAACCAUUAUGAAUAGAAUGCCAGCUUAUAACGAGUGAUAUAAAGUGGCAUUUAUCUUUACUUUCCCCAAGAAAAUCUUCCCAGUGUCAGUGAGUGUCACUGACUGACUUCUGAGCUGUGUUGCUAUGUGCUCACCUUGCACUGUGGCUGGAGGUGCAGCCAAUGCACCAGAGGGAGUAAAGCACACGAGAACAGAAAUAGGUGAGUGAAGAGAUAACGCCAGGCAGGCAGGCUGCGGGCUGAGAAAUCCCCUACCUGUGUCAUAACACAGCAAAAGUCAUCAUAAAAUCUUCUGGCACAGAUCGGUAACUCCGUUUGGGAACUAUGAGGUGGUCCCUGCAUGGUCUGGCCUCAGUGUGUCUGGGCAGUGCCUGUGUGACUGCUGCACACUGUGAGCAGGCUGUAAUAAAUCUGACUUGGAAGCAGUGGGUUGGGCUGAAUGCAAGAGGGAGAAACCUCUUCAGAGACAGGGGCGCCAGGCUGUGACCCAAGUGGCCCCAAGGAAAAGUUACAUGAAGGUUCUUUGCUGGGGGCGAAGCUAAAGCAACACUGAUGAGUUUUUAUUUGCGGUCUGUUGCUGAAGAGCCAAAGGGUGGAAUGCAAACAGCAAGUCCCUGUUCAUUUUCACUGGGUGGGAGCUGGACUAGAUGACUUUUAAAGGUCCUUUCCAACUCAAACUGUUCUGUGGAGCCUGAGCAAUGGAAUGGAUGCGAAAGAGCUGGCUGAAGUGAGAGCUGGUGGGGCACUUGAAGGCUGUUGCCUUCUGACCACUGCUGAAGACUCGAUUUGCUUGCUGUGUUCCUGAGUGUGUUUUAUAAACAGCAGAGGCUCUUACUGCUGUGCACAGUUGGGAUAACAGCAUGAGAUGUGUGAAGGCUGCACAGUAAUUUGUAAAGAACAGAGAUGACAGAACAAGUGUUUAAUUUCACUGAAGUUUGACAAACCCGUGGUGCUUUCCUGCCAGGUCUGUUUGGUUACUGGCAGAUUACUGUUGUUGCAUUUAAUGCACUAAUGCCACUGACAGUGCCCUUAAAGUCUUCCUUAGAAACCAAGGCAGGCAAGUAGCUGCAGUCACUCACGGCCUUUAUUAUGGGAAGGUUGAAGAUGUUUCUCAGUACACAUUUAGGCUUUCCCCAAGUCAUGGAAAACCCCUGCAGAACAUAAAACAUGCCCUAAACUAUUCUGAAAAAUCAUACCUUGGCUAAAGUCACAUAUUGCCUCUGUCUCCCUUUUAUUGUUAAAUAAUGUAAGGUAGAAAAGCUGUGUUCACUCAGCUGCAGACCUCAACUCUUCAGCUGCACUCAGGUGGAGCACGGGCAGCUGUUGCCCUUUCAGAAAACUGAAUCCUCUGGUGUAACCAAUGCUGCCUCUGAAGGCUUUGUAAUACAGAGCAGAAAAAGCUGUCAGUGCAACCGCAAGGGUGUGGGGCACCAUCAGCUGUACCAGUGCUGCACAGGGCGGCUGCGCUGCUGGAAGAAUCACUGCAAGGGAAAUGGUGCUGGUGCUGUUAACUGCUUCCCCUGCACCACGAACCUGCUUUUAAGUGUGCUUUGUGAAGGGGACACAUGAAGUAGCUACGUAAAAGAAAACUACCUAAUACACUUUUCAUCUACGACUGACGGUUUCUGAAUUUCUUCCUGUCUCUGGUUAACUUAGCCUGAUACACAUCUAGAUUUAGCACUGUCUAGAUGUUUGGAGUACAAAUUUGUAUUCUGAUGUUUUCCCCAAUGUUUGUUUUUAUCAUUGUUUCAUUUCUAUUGAAGUUCGCUUGCAUUUGUUGCUUUCUCCAUAAGGAAACAUACAGUAAGUGCCAAUACCACUACUUAACCCAUGCAAGUUGUAAAUCCUGAGCUGGCCUGAAUCCUAUGUAUUUCAAAUUCUAGGAAGCUCAUGGCCUCUCUGAAGUGCAUGUGAGCGAAGGUCCUCUAAAGAUGGGGUGCCUUGUGCUGUACUGAGGGCAUGUGCUGCUUUGGGACCUGCGCUCCGAAUCUGAUAGUGGACAGUAUGAGCCCCAGCACCACAAACUCAUCCCCUGCCAGACCCUGUACUGCAUCUCUGUGCUGGAGAAAACCACAGAACGAAGACAGAAGAAAGUAAAGAGGAAUAUCCCACCUUCCACAGCUUGUGAGUGCUGCAGGCUUUGUUCUUCAGCUAAUGACUUUAUACAGAGAUAAAAUUUGGUAAUAAAAGGCUCUUAUCACAAUAGUCAGAGUCUGACAGGAUGAAUGCCUGUGAGCUGAAAUGGGAUGCCAUUCAAAACAUCAGUCAAAUGGGAAAUAAGGUACUUUAUAAAGGGGGAUAGGGGCACAAUUAACCAUUCCAGCUACUUGCCUAUACCUACAGGGCACGAUGGCACUGGACUAAGACUGGACUUCAUUUUUUUUGAGAAAUGAGUUGUAUCUCUUACCAGACUAAAUGAUCACGACAGUUUUCUGGCCUUUUUCCUCUACCAUUUGAGCUGCACCCCAUCCCAAAUAAAAUAUUACCUAGAAUAAA